CUGCUAAGCUACGUAAUAGAGAUUUGUUCGGGCAUGGAGUAUCUCAGUACUUGUUCUAUCAUUCAUAGAGAUCUAGCAGCAAGAAACUGCAUGCUAGAUUGCAACAUGACCGUAAAGAUUGCUGAUUUUGGUAUGGCUCGUUGUAUCAACGAGCAAUCCUACUACAGGCAAGAAAGUGACACACCAAUUCCCGUCAAAUGGAUGGCUCCUGAAAGUUUGCUGCAAAGAGUUUAUUCUGAGAAAAGCGACGUGUGGUCUUUUGUCGUGACAUCGUGGGAAGUAUUCAGCCUGGGAAAGUCUCCUUAUUCAAACACGCCUAACAUUGGAAUUGUUGAUUACCUCAGGACAGGACAUAGGUUACCACUUCCUGCUGCAUGUCCUUCCAACAUGUGA